GUUGGCGGAGGCGGAGGCGGAGGCGGAGGCGGAGGCGGAGGGAAUCCUUAGUAUAAAAAGUCAAAAGGCGUCUUUGCACUCCGCACGUGAGCAACUACACUCCCUACACAUGAUGGACGCCAGCAUGCGAGAGCAGAUUUUCAUUCUGGAGAGGCAACGGCGAGAGCUGCUGACCAUCAAUGAGAAAUGGGCCAGAGAGUACAACACCAUGGUGGCAUUCUACCAAAACAAGCUUCUGAGUCUCCAGGCUUCACAACGAAACCACAGCGAUGUUCAACAAGAGAAACGCCAACCAAAAACUCAGACUGUAAAUUCAGAACUCCACACAGCAGUGACGGAAGCCAAAGACCUGCGGGCGCAGAACAGCGUUCUUACCAGAAGGGGGCAGCAUCAACAAGAGGAGAUCAACCGGCUCAAUAAAGCUCUAGAGGAGCGACUCCAUCCUGUUCAGACCCUCGAGGAAAGCAGCGGACCUCCAGACGACCUCUGGAAACAUCAGGCGGAAGUCUUCAAGGAGGACUUCCUGAAGGAGCGAGGGGACAGAGAGAUGCUCCAUCACAAAUACGGCGAGCUGCAGAAAAAACUGAGCAAAGUCCAAGAUGAGCUGCACUUUAUUAAAUCACAGGCCAGUUGGACCCGCAUCUUGCAGCCCGUGGUGGACUGCAAUUGCAAGUGGGCCGAGCAGCGCAACGCCCGCGUCCAUAAGAAAUAGACCCAUGUGUGAAGACAGGACGCCUCGCUGCAAAUCAUUGGCCUCAGAGUCCCGAGUCACGUCUUCGGAAUCGGAUUUGGCCUAAAUGAAUUUCUGUGCCCAACUGUCUGAAGGACAUGCAAUGACGACAGCAAGGCAGGAAGCAGAGCAAUUUGGGGAAAAUCUCUGGCGUCCUCUAGAGGCGUUUAAUGUGAAUUGCAUUUUUUUAAACCUUCAAAUGUAGCACUGACCGAACAUGCACGUGUUAGCAGUUUAUUUGUACAAUGUGUCAAUAACACAAUUUAUAACCUUUUCACUGCCCUCAAACAGAAAUAAAGAUAUUUUCUUUCUACCUCACAACAAA